UGCUGGCAUAAGACGGACCAUUGUGGAGUCCAGGUCUACAUUGUGCUCAUUACACUACUCUUUAAAAAAAACAUUUAUCAUGUAAAUUCCAAACCGGGUGAAUGACUAAUUUUAGAACUGUGUUUUAUUGCACUCCGAGAGGCACCUGAAACUGAAACUCAGCCCGUACCCAAGGAAAGCAACCAAUUUUGUCUCUCGAUCUUUUACAAUGGGUGACGUUCCAGAAGAAAGCAUUCAAUAUCACAUUGAGAUACAGGACAACCAUCUCGGAAACCAGAUAGAUGGUGAUGUAAUGGUGGUACUCGACCUAGAUGGUCAAGAGCUUCCUGAGUAUGUGGCUGAGACCAUCAUGGAGUUGGCACGCAGUGGUGGGCAACAUGCCCACUCUGUCUCAGAUGCAAGUCAGCUGAGCAGUGCUGAUGCUGUUGCAGUUCACUUAACCGAGGAUAAAGACUUGAAGCCUUCUGUUUGUGCGUCUUCAGAUGGACAAGUUGAUAAUAUUAUACCAUUAGCUGCUACAACUUUGAGUACAGUGGAACAAAACCAAACUUUCCGUGUUGAUUCAGGACAAGAGAGUGCAGGCACUUUUCAGAAACUACUUGCAGAGAAUCACUCUAACACUAUCCAAGAUUCUGUGGAUGUUAAAAGCGUAUUUCCUGUUGAUAUUAAAGUGGAUACAGGAGUUCAAUGUGAACUCAUUCCUGAUGUUGAAAAUCCUAAAUCAACGAAAAGGAACCAAAGUGGCAAAGAUCUCCUUAAGAGUGACCUGGUGCCAAGUGUUAAAGAAGAAACAUUGGACUCGAAGGAAAACAGUGAUAUGAGUACACAGGAGAGUGCUAAAAUUGUGAAAGAGUUCUCUUGUGAAACAUGCAGUCAUAUGUUUGAAAAUGAGAUCGAUUUGGGAAGGCAUGCUUUGUCUGUUCACAAAAUUAAGAAACCUUUCAAGUGUUUUCAGUGUGACAAAGCUUUUGAAAAGGAACUGUCGUUUCAGAUACAUAUGCUUAGUCAUGAGACUGUGAUGAUAAAAGGUAAAAAGGGUUUUUUCUUGUGUCCAUUAUGUGACUUUCAGUGUAGACUAAAGCAGCAACUUAUGUCACAUUUUGCAGCCUCCCAUCCAUCUCGAGGAGUCUUUGCUUGUGCUUUGUGUAGGUUUGCUUGUUUAUCAGAAGAAGAAUUGAAGGAUCACAAUAUUUCACAAAGGCACAAAACAAACAGUGCAAAACAUUCAGUUUGUCCUAUUUGUAGUGCACCAUGUAGAAAAGUGGAUGAACACAUAGCAUUAAUGCAUUCAAACGAGAGACCCUUUCUUUGUACAAAAUGUGGACACAAGUCGAAGACCGAGAGUGCCCUAAAGACUCACAUGCUAACACAUACAGAUAAUAAAGAUUUUGUGUGUACUGACUGCAACACGGCAUUCAAAUCCUUGAGUCGUCUGAAAAGACAUUUGAAAAAGCAUAAUCCAGUGAAAAGGUUUUCGUGUUCUAAGUGUUCUUUUGCGACCAAUGAAAGUUAUGAUUUUAAGCGACACAUGCAAAGGAUUCAUACAAGGAAGGCAUGUUACACAUGCAAAGAGUGUAGUCUCACAUUUUUUAGGACAGUAGAACUAAAGUUACAUGCAAUGUCAGAACACAAUAGCAAAGAUGUUUUCUACUGUGAGUAUUGUGAUUUCUCCUGUGUAUUAAAGGUUGAUUUCAGACAUCACAUGCAACAACACACUCGGAUGAAUCGUUUUUCCUGUAAAAUAUGUGACUUUUCAAGCCCCUGGAAAUGCCAUUAUGAAAGACAUUUAACUGUACAUAGUGACGUUAAGCCUUAUGUGUGCCCUAAGUGUGGGUACAAAUGUAAAGAAAAAGUUAAUCUGAAAAAACACAUGGUUGUACACUCUAACGAAAAACCAUUUAGUUGCUCGUUGUGUACCUAUAAGUGCAAAUUAAAAAGCAUGCUAAAGAAUCAUCACAGAGUGGUACAUUCAGAGACCAGGCCAUAUUGUUGCACUGAAUGUAACUAUACUGCUAAGACAGCUGGAAACUUAAAAAAGCAUAUGUGGAUUCAUGAGCAGCACAAACCUUUCAAAUGUGCUCACUGCCCUUAUAAAUGUCGAGAAGGGAGCAAGUUAAGGAGGCAUGAGAGUAAAAAGCACAAAGAUGUCGCAAAUGAUGGCAGUGUUGAUGUCAAAGAGGAAGCUCCCAUCCGAUUUUUGAGAGUUGAUUUAGGUCAUCUUCCCAAGCCUGUUUUGUUGGAUUUGGGUGCAACAGCUGUACCUGUGUAAUGGAAUACUUUUGGUUGUUGUGGGUGGAAAAUGUUUUUUUAAAAGAAAUCUAUCCAUGUUAUAAGGUUUCCUAACGAUGACUUGAUGAAUGAGUUAAAACUAUAAUUUUGUUGAAUCACACUAAGUACAAAUUUAUGCACAGUCAGUAUUGAUUUCCUUUGCUAAGUGUGGUUGUGUGCAUGCUUGAGCAAAGUCUAUUAUGUGCAUGCUUGAGCAUGUGUGUGUUUGUGCACUUGAUAUAAUAUAUGCCUUUCUCUUUCUUGAAUAGUGGGUGGUUGGUGGGUGU